GUCACUGCCAGUACGGUCCUAGUCGGUUAGGCGCAUUUAGUCUUUUAAAUCUCAUUAUCAAAUAUGUAACAGGUUGUUUCUUGAUUUUAGAGUUGAUUGGUGACUUUCAAAAAUAAAAAAUGACAGAGGAGUCAGCUGUUAAAGUCUGCGUCCGCGUCCGUCCGCGUAUUGCGAGGGAAGAAAUUGCUGCAUCAGAAAAUGCAGAGCCUGUCCAGGUGUUUUGGAAAGCUGAUAAGAGAACUUCACAUCAGAUUGAUGAUGGAAGUUCCACCAAAAGCUUUAGUUUUGACCGAGUGUUUACUGCUGAAGAAACAACCAAUCAGCUGUAUCAGGACAUUGCAAAGCCUCUUGUGGUUUCCACGGUUGAAGGAUACAAUGGAACCAUAUUUGCUUACGGGCAGACCUCUUCUGGAAAGACCUUCACCAUGAUGGGGAGUAACCAUGUCCCUGGAGUUAUACCUCUGGCUGUGGAAGACGUCUUCCAGACCAUUAAAAAUUUUCCAAAGAAGGAGUUUCUUCUCAGGGUGUCUUACAUGGAAAUCUACAAUGAGACUGUGGCUGAUCUGCUUGUUGACACCUGGAAAAGGAAACCCCUGGAAGUCAGAGAGACUAUCAACAAAAACAUCUUUGUGGCUGAUCUGACUGAGGAGCUAGUUACGUCCCCUGCUCAAGCUCUGGCCUGGAUUCGGAAAGGAGAAAAGAACCGUCAUUAUGGAAAGACAAAAAUGAAUGAGAGGAGCAGCCGCUCACACACCAUAUUCCGAAUGAUCCUGGAGAGUCGAGUACGAAGUGACCCAGCAUCAGGUGAAAAUGCUGAUGGAGCCAUUAUUGUGUCUCAUCUGAACUUGGUCGAUUUAGCUGGAUCUGAAAGAGCAAGUCAAACCGGAGCUGAAGGUGCACGUUUCAAAGAAGGUUGCAACAUCAAUCGUAGCCUGUUCACACUCGGCCAAGUGAUCAAAAAGUUGACUGAUGAGACCCAGAAGGGUUUCACCAACUACAGAGACAGUAAACUAACCCGCAUCCUGCAGAACUCGCUGGGUGGGAAUGCCAAAACAGUGAUCAUCUGCACCAUCACUCCAGUCACCUUAGAUGAGACCCUCAGCACACUGCAGUUUGCCAGCACUGCAAAGAAAAUGAAGAACGACCCUCAUGUGACGGAGGUCUCAGACGAUGGGGCUCUGCUCAAAAGAUAUCGCAAUGAAAUUGUCGACCUGAAGCGACGGCUCCAAGAGGUUUCUUCAGUCACACAGACCACAGCGACUGAAAAGAAAGUUCUCUCCCAGCUCCUGCAAGAAAAGGAUCAGCUCCAGAGAGAACAAGAGGACAGGAUCAAAAACCUGACCAAACUGCUCGUCACCGGCUCAAACCUGGUCCCUGUUCAUAAGAUGCCAAAACGCAGAGUUACAUGGGGAGGAAAGAUGCUGAGACUCGUCCGUACAGCGGACUGUGACGAUGGGUCGUCUGACCUUAGCUUUGCAGAAUCUUUCGCCAGGAAGAGGAAAGCAGAUCGCUCCUGCAUGGAGCUGGGGGAAGAUGAUGAGGAAUUUGACACUCACUGGGAGAUUCCUGAUGAGCCGUCUGAAAUGGAGUUAAGUCAGAACUCUGUGACUGUUCGAAGCUUUGGAGACAGUCCCAGAGACUUUGUAUCUCCCGACCGAUUGCAUGAGCUUUCGGGAAAAUUGGCCAACCUUGAGCAGCAGCUGGAAAUGGAGAGUCAACUUAAAGAGGAGGCCAUGGCAAAGCUAGAAACAUUAGAUGGCAGAGUGGCAGAGCUGCAGGUGCAGCUUCAAACAGAAGUCCAGCAGAAACAAGAAGUCCUGGACAAAAUGCAGACAACAGAACAGAGGGCAGCAGACCUGGAGCUGCAGCUGCAGCUUCAAACAGAGGCUCAACACAAACAAGACGUCUUUGACAAAGUGCAGCCGACAGAACAAAGUGCAUCAGAGUUGGAGCUCCAGCUUCAAACUGAAGCCAAGCAGAAAAAGGAAGCAUUGGAGAAGGUGGAGAUGUUGGAUUUGAGAGUGGCAGACUUGGAGAGACAGCUGGAAGACCAGAGCCGCACUCAGACUGAAACUCUUAACCAGAUGAGACAAGAAUUUGCUGACACCAUCCAGCUUUGUGAAACGUUGGCUUCAGAGAAGGACAUGGCGUUUGCUGAGCGAGACUAUCUGAAAGAAGAGCUGGGGCUUUUCAUAGAGCAGACUAAAAGUCUGGAGAAAGAGAAAGCUGCUCUUUCACAGGAACUAGAGGAGAAAAGGGAGACGGAUGAGUUCAAAUCUCUGGAGGAGGAAUUCAGGAAGGAGCAUGAGAAUGAGUUGCAAAAUGAAAUAUCUAGCCUGAAGAAGGCAGUGGAAUCCUCUGAGCUCCAGUGUCUUCAGCUUCAGAGCAAACUGGAAACGAUGUCUGAACAGCUUAAAAAGAAAUCUGAAUUUGCCGAAGAACUCCAGAGUAUGAGCGGUAAGGACUUGGUCCAGGAGGUGGCGAAGCUUCGUCGCUCUCUAGAUGAUGCAGAGGGGAUCAGCAGAGACACAAAGAAGGAAUGGGCCGUCCUCCGCAGUCAAAAAAUCGCUCUGGACGAGAUGAAUGUGACUCUGGCUGCCAACCAUGAGAGGAUGGAGGCUGAGGUGAACAGCCUGCGUUUUCAGUUGGAGACGGAGAAGUCACGCUACAAAAAGAUGCAGAGCGAUCUCCAGAAAGAGCUGAACGUCGCUUUUGAUGAGAACACCAAGCUCACCACUCUGCUAGACGGAAAAGUCCCUAAAAACCUGAUAGACAGCGUGGAACUUGAGAGAACCGUGGCCAGUCUGAACAAAGAGCUGACAGCGUCGCGUGAAGCAGAGGAAGCCCUCAGAGCUCAGCUGGAGGAGCUCGCCUCAUAUCAGGCUCUUCAGGAGGAGAUGGCCAGUUUGAAGAAGCAGGUUUGUGACUUGACUGAGGAACUGAGCACUGUUCAAACUCAGAGGGACAACCUGCUCUCAGCUGAAGUUCAAUGUCAGGAGGAGGCUCAGCAGCUCAGAGAUUCACUGCAGGCGUCUCAGGAUGAGAUUGUCAGAGUCCAAGCAGAACUUAAUGCUGCUGUACUGGGGGAGAAAGAGCUGAACCGGCAGUUCGCUGACGUAACGCAGCAGCUGGAUUCUCUUCGCUCAGACCUGGAGCGAUCUAAUGCUGAGAGGAAUCAGCUGAUGGCUUCUGUUGAAGACAAGGACUUGAAGCUUGAAGAGAUUGAGCAGCACAGAGCAUCGCUGGAAGGAAAAGUGAAUGAGAUGCAGCAGCUGAUGAAGGAUUUGGAGGAAAAGCUUACUCACAGUGAAGUAUCCAGGAGCACAGAGGAGGAGAUCAGCAAAGAGCUUCAAGAACAAGUGAAUCAGCUGAAUGAAGAGCUUCAGGGUGUACGAGCGGAGAAGGAUGCUCUCCUGUCUGAGCAGAAGGCUGGAGGUGAGAGCUCUGCAGAGGAGGUGGAGAAGCUGCUGUCAACGGUUGCUUCUCUUACUGCAGAGAGAGACCAGCUCAAGCUUGACAUGCAGGAAAAUGUGGAGAUGAUGAUUGAGAACCAGGAGGAGCUGAGGACAGCCCUGGAGAAGAAUCGUGAGCAGAGGCAUCAGAUCAAACAGCUGGAGGCUGCACAGUCGUCCGGACCGGAUGGACAUCACAGUGAUAUGAGUGGGCAGCUGGAAGAGCUGCAAACACAUAUGAAGACUUUGACUGAAGAGCUUGAGAGUUUGCGAGCAGAGAGAGACAGUCUACUGUCUGAGAGGACAGGAGAGACUCAGUCCUCCACAGAGGACAUGGACAACCUGUUAACCAGAGUGACGUCUCUCACUGAGGAGAGAGAUCAGCUGCAGGAAAUACUGGAGGGACUGAGAGAGGAGAAGAAGCAGCUCAGAGCAGAGCUGGAGGACAGAAUGGAGACACUACAGACUGAGACAAGAACUUUAACAGAGAAACUGCAGCUGACUGAAGCAGAGAGAGACAAUCUACUGACUGAGAGGACGAGCAACACUCAGUCCUCCACAGAGGACAUGGACACACUGUUGUCUAGAGUGACGUCUCUCACUGAGGAGAGAGAUCAGCUGCAGGAAAUACUGGAGGGACUGAGAGAGGAGAAGAAGCAGCUCAGAGCAGAGCUGGAGGAGAGAAUGGAGAUGGUUGUACAAACCCACAAUGGGUUCAACCAGCCAGAAAAAGUGAUCUCAGAACUGCACGGCCCCGAUGAGCAAGUAACCCAACUUCAACAAGAGAUGGAACAACUUCAGGCUGCUCUGCAGAACGUCACAGAGCAGAAGAGUCAGGUGGAGGGUGAACUGCAGCGCAGCAUGGAGAUGGCUGCUGAGACUCAAAGCCUUCUACACGUGCUCCAAGAACAGCUCAAUGAACAGAAUCAAAGAAACGCUAACAUGGAAAGAAUAAGUCAAGAAAAGCAAGCUCAGCUUGAACAGCAGGUUGCAGAGACUAAUUUACUUCUACAGUCUCUUCAAGAGGAGCUGCAAGAGCAGAAGCAAAAUAAAUCAGAGUUAGAAAAUCUCUCUGAGCAGAAGCAGUCUGAUUUAGAGAAACAGAUAAUGACUCUCAACGAGGAGCUUGCGGAAGCACGAGCAGAGAGAGAUGCAGUGUUGGAGAAAGAAGCCAGCUGUCACACCUCCUCAGAAGAGAUGGACACACUGUUGUCUAGAGUGACGUCUCUCACUGAGGAGAGAGAUCAGCUGCAGGAGACUCUGCAGGGACUGAGGGAGGAGAAGAAGCAGCUCAGAGCAGAACUGGAGGAAAGAAUGGAGAUGAUGCAGUGUGACUUACAGCAGCAGCUAAACUCUGAACCACAGUCACUGAAAGAAGAACAAGAGACUCAACAACUUGUGCAGAUCCAACAGCUGGAGGAGCAUCUGGAGAAGACUAAAGAGGAGGUGACCCAGCUGAAGUCUGACCUUAAAGAAAACGUAGAACUGAUGAUCGAGAACCAGGAGGAGCUGAGAGAAUCUCAGGAGAAGAUCAGAGCUCUACAAGAGGAGAUCAAGAUGCUGAAGAAUCAAAAGGCAGAGCUGGAGAACACACCAAGCAGUGGAAGUGAUGCUGGGGAUACCAUCCAGUUACAGGAGCUUCAAGACCAGAUUCAGAGAUUGACCAAAGAGCUUGAGAGUUUGCGAGCAGAGAGAGACAGUCUACUGUCUGAGAGGACAGGAGAGACUCAGUCCUCCACAGAAGACAUGGACAAGCUGUUAACCAGAGUGACGUCUCUCACUGAGGAGAGAGAUCAGCUGCAGGAAAUACUGGAGGGACUGAGAGAGGAGAAGAAGCAGCUCAGAGCAGAGCUGGAGGACAGAAUGGAGACACUACAGACUGAGACAAGAACUUUAACAGAGAAACUGCAGCUGACUGAAGCAGAGAGAGACAAUCUACUGACUGAGAGGACGAGCAACACUCAGUCCCCCACAGAGGACAUGGACACACUGUUGUCUAGAGUGACGUCUCUCACUGAGGAGAGAGAUCAGCUGCAGGAAAUACUGGAGGGACUGAGAGAGGAGAAGAAGCAGCUCAGAGCAGAGCUGGAGGAAAGAAUGGAGACACUACAGACUGAGACGGCAGAGCUGAACAUGACUCUACAGACUGUCACUGAACAGAAGAGGCAGCUGGAAGAUGAUCUGCAGCUGAACCUGAAUAUGGUGUCUUCAACACAAGAGCUCCUGAAAUCUGUCCAAGAAGAACUGCAUGAACAGAAGAACAGGAACUCUGACCUGGAGAAACAGAGUCAGGAGAAGGAGGGUUCUUCAGAUCAACAGAUACGGGAUCUGGCCGAGAAACUGGAGAUUGUUGAAGCAGAAAGAAACCGUCUGCUCUCUGAGAAGACAAGCUGUCAGUCCUCCACAGAGGACAUGGAGAAGCUGCUGUGCAGAGUGACAUCCGUCACUGAGGAGAGGGAUCAGCUGCAGGAGAUAGUGGAGGGAAUGAGUCUGGAGAAGAAGCAGCUCAGAGCAGAACUGGAGGACCGGGUGGCAGUGCUACAGGCUGAGAUGGGAACUUUGACUCACAAACUGCAGAUGAUGGAGGCAGAGAGAGACGCUCUACUGUCUGAGAAGAAUUCCAGCGCAGAGGAGAUGGAGAAGCUGCUGUGCAGAGUGACGUCUCUCACUGAGGAGAGAGAUCAGCUGCAGGAACUACUGGCUGGACUGAGUGAGGAGAAGACCCAGCUUAGAGCAGGACUGGAGGAAAGAAUGGAGAUGGUCUCGGCCAUCCAGGAAAAGCUGAGCAAGCAGGAACAGUUGAUCGAGCAGCUACAGUCUGAUAGAGGAGAACAAGAGGGCAAACUGCAACAAGAUAUGCAACAACUUGAGGAGCAGCUGCAAAUGUUGAGGGGCAGAGAAGCUCAGGCUAAAGUUGAAGCAGACGUCUCACAGCAGUUGCUCAGUGAAGCAAACGUCACCAUCUCAGCCCUCAGAGAGCAGCUCAGCAGCUUAGAGAAGGUCAGUGGAGCCAAAGAGGUGGAGUCAUCUCGCUUGCAGGAGUCCACUGGGCAGCUUCAGGAGUCCUUUGGAAGAUUCCAGCACUUUAUAGACACUUGUUCCAAGUACAACUCCACAGCUCUGAACAAUGUGUUGAGAGUCCAGUGUUCCCUGAAGCACACUAUACUGGCCUCUCUCCCAAAACCCACCAUGGAGGCCUACAAUGCUGUCUGUCAGCUGGGACUACAGACUGUACAGACUCUCAUAAAAAUCAAAGAACAAAUACAUGUGCGAGCUCUGGGCUACAAGAAAAUGUUCGAGAAGUUGGUGAAGAAAGAUUUGGCUGUUUUUGAAGAGAGGCGGCUGCAGGACGUGCUGCUCUCCAGAGAGCAAGCGCCGAGCUAUUCAGUCAAAGAUGACUUCCACACGGUGUGGGAACGCAGACUGACCGAGCUCCUGGACAAAAGACAGUUUUACCUGCAGAAAAUGCCCGUGAUUCUGGAGAAGCUCUGGGCCAACUUUACUUCUUACCUCAGUGAGCUGAAAGCUGAGAUCCAAGAGAGGGAGACGUUCAGAGAGCAGCUGCAGAGCUUAAUCGCCAACCAGUCAAUCAGCUUCAGUGACCUGGACAAGCUCCUCAGCCAGGAGCUCAAGCGCAGGUCUGCAGUGGGACAGAGCAAGAUGAUGCCUCUACAGGACGUCAUCGAUGAGCAGAGCUGUUUGUUUGAAGAGGUCAAGCAGCUGGAGGCUCAGACGGAGUCUCAGCUCAGAGAGGAGAAAAGCAAGAGUUUCACUCUGCUGCAGGCACUAGAGGGCGCUCCUCUAAAGAGUGAACUCUCCCUGCUGAAGGACAACCAACAACUUGUUAUUCAGCUCCAGGAAGCUGAGGAAAAAGUCAAGGUUCUGCAUGCACAAAAUGAGCAGCUGGAGGAAGCUCAUAUCACUGCCAAUAACAGCCUGUCCAACCAUAAACGGGCCACCCAGCUCCUCCAGACUGAGCUUCAGGACAGCCGGGCUGUAGUGGAGGAAAAAGAGGACACAAUUCAAACCCUGAAAUGCAAACUACGAGAGUCUGAGAAAAAAGCACCACCCAGCGCAGUGGAGCUGGAGAAACUUCAGAAUAAGCUGUUCCAAAUGGAGGUGAAGCUCAGUUCAGCCUCUGAUGAGCACAAAAAAGAGAUCGACAGGAUGACCACACUGCUGAGUGAAAAAGAAGAUUCACUGAGGAAGCUAAAGGAGAUUUUGAGGAAAUCACAGCAAGGGGAGGAAUCAUUCCUGCAGGGUGAAGACCUGCAUGCCAGACUGACCCACCCCAGAGGUCUGAUGACCAAGAGCAGCGUUAUGGUGGAGAAGACCAAGCUGGAGGAGGAGAUCAAGCAGCUUCAGCUGAAAAUCACUGAGCUGGAAAGCGUGGUGUCCAGUCAGCAGGUCGAGAUCAGCAAAUGGAAGAACAGAGCCUUGAAGCUGAAGGUGAAGAGCAAAACUGAGCUGGAAAAGCCUUCAUCGCAGUGCACCCCCACCAAGAGGCCUCUCCUCAUGACCUCCGACGCCUCAGACCUCCUCAACUCACCCAAAAAGUUUCUGGUUGCUUCCAAGAAGGCCCUGGACUCUCCAGGAAACAUUAUGGACUCCCCCAGGAAGCUGCUGGCGUCCCCCAAGAAGGGUCUGGACUCUCCAAAGGUCUCCCUGCUCGACUCCCCCAAAAGCAGAAUCUUUGACAUGGGUGGAAGCUCAGAGCUGCUGUCCAGAACCUGUCCCAAGCAGUUUUUUGAUAACUCCAGCCUUGGCACCGUUCCAGAAGUUUCCGAUGUUCCUGACACGCCUGAGGCAGAGAAGGAUGCUGCUGUGGGUGCAGACAGAAAGGAGUGGUGGUCCCCAAAGUCUCCAAAACAAGAUGAAAUGUGUAAAACCCAGUGAAAUGAUUCACACUCGCAAUACUUUUUAAAUCUUCUUUUAAGUGUUUUUCACCCUCUCUGUCUAGUGUUUUAUUCCUUUAUUCUGUCGUUUUAAAUAAUAAAAAUUCUCUUGACAAAGUUAUUAA